AUGAAUAACAAAAUCUUCUCAUUUUAAAACACAAAUACAUUGGCUCAAGCAUUAACCAAUAAAAUUCAUGAAUUAGAGUACCAAUCGAAAAAAGGUGUCAAAUAUCCUUUUGGAAACAAUGAAGACUUCGUGGGGAUAGGGCAAAUGAUUUUAGAGUUUUAUUUUUCGGAUUACCUGAUAUAAAGAGGGUGGGUAUUAAUGAAAUUAAGCUUAGUUAUCCGAACAAAGAAAGUUAAAUUAAAAAGUCAAGUGAUCUUGUGCUGCUCAGAUAAAGACUAUUGAGUGAGAGGAAUCUAGCUGACGUAGCAUUAAGUUAUAAGAUUGACAAUAUUGUUCAAGUUGGUAACUAGAUCAACUUAAAGUAAGAAAUUGUUUAAAUGGUAGAAAAAACCCAAAGAUACUAGCAGAAACACUCAAAUCAAUAAUCGCUGCCUAGUAUUACGAUUCUGGUUAUGACUUAGAUCAUUUAAGAGAAGUUGUUUAACCUAUACUCAAAUAAGUUUUGGAUAAGUAUAUAAUUAAACUAUUUCAACUAGAGGAUAAGGUGUCCCCAUAUUAGAGCUUAAAUAAAAUCCGAAAUCGGCAUUUUUAGAAUUUGUCAAUGGGUGCACUAAUUUGAAACCAAAGGUUUCUGUAGAAUGGAAGAAGGAUGCCUCUUAGAAUGGAAACCCAAUAAACGUCUACUAAGUGUAGUUGGAAUUGAGCAACUUAUUGUCAAUAACUAGAGUGGGAAUCAAUAAGAGAAAUACUGAAUAAAUAGUGUAUAGAGAAGCAUUAAAAAAGCUUAAAUAGAUUUAAAUAAACUAAUCCAAUUCAUUAGAAUAGCAAAAUUACGAAACUCAACCAUUAAAAAUUAAAAAUUAAGAUAAACAAUCAACAGAAGAAAUUACCAUUUUAGAUGAAUUAGAUACUUCUGCAAUAGAAUCGAGUUAAUUUUACUAAUUUUCGGAUUUAAGAGAUGAUGAUUUAAGUUUAUUAGAAAACUAAGUUACUCUAGGAUAAAAAGUGGAAUCCCUUUUGGAAAAGUUUGCCUUAUGA